UUGAUAAUGUUAAUAACGUUUAAUGUUAGUUUUUAAAGAUUUUUCAAAUUUAUUAUAAAACAACUUAAAUAUAUUUUCUUAUCAAUGACAUUUUUAUUUUUAAUAUGAUAAUUGAAUGAUACUAAUAACUAUUUACGUUAGCCUAUUAUUGUGAUUUUUGUUACAAUUAAAUCAAUGAUUUUUAGAUGAGUGUAGUUAAUAAAGAAUGGUUAAAUGGUAUGCAAAAUAAACGCAGGAAGUGUGUAUAUGAUCUUAAAGUAGGUGUUCAAUAUAAGGUUUUGGGUCUAUUCGUCGUAAAAUCGAAAUAUUCCACUCAAACACCGGUAGCUGAAGUAAAACUGGAUGACGAACCCUCUUUUCAAGUUUAUCUACCGUCUAGGUUUCAAUUUACUCGAGAAGAUUUGGCAAAAGGAUUCGACGAAAAUCUGAAGCUUGUUUCUAACAGACGAAAAGAUCAAACUUCGAGUUACGAUAUAAAGUUUAUUUUUCUGAAAGAUCUGGAACGUCAUGAAUAAUCUGUUCAUAAACACAAAUUAUACAGCUGUACAGUUUGCGGCAAAAAUUUUUCCAAAAAGAAUAAUGUGAGAAGACAUCAACAUCGGACUCACUUCUUGAAAGGUGUGAAUAAAGUAUUGCAGUUACAAUCUAAGAAUUAUGAAAAAAUGUGUGAAAAAUCGAUUGACACUGAGAGAAAUAUCAUGAAUCGUGGCGCAUGUACGUCGGUAAACAUUCAUAGAAAUUAUAAUGAAAAGAACAUAGUUAACUACGGAGCGAGUACCUCAAAAAAUAGCAAUAAUAACUGAAGAUGAAUUUGUGACUGUCAAAGUUAAGUAAUAACAGACUGACAAAUACACAAUUGCCUAUUUAUCAACACUACAUGAGUACAAGAACGUACAAUAGGACAGUACUGAGACUGAGCUCCGACAAAUAAACUUUAUAACAAUAAUUUAAAAAGAUAAUUUAUUAUGGCUUACGAGAAACUAUUGUUUGUCACAUUGAUUUUAUAUCUUCCAGCCUUUUCUGAGCCAUUUUCAUUUGUCAUUGAAGAAAUAGAAAAUGAUGAUAUCUCUCCAGAUUUCAUUUUAAUGCUUAAUCAAAUUGAAUCUAUAGUAAGUCCAAUUAUAUUUCCAGAAAAAGCUCUAAGUCCUUUUGAUGAAGAAGAGGUUGACAUUUUAAUGAAUAAAACUACUAAGCCUCCACGCAGUAUUAUUGAAAAAAUAAACCUUUUUAGUAAUAUUACAAAAGCUGAACAGCUGAUCAUAGAAAAAAAAUUAAACGUGAGAGAGAAGUAUGAAAACAAAAAAAAUUCACUGCAUUGUAUUAAUACUUUAAUUUUAAAUGCUAUUAUCUGGAAUAUAAAAAAUUCAUUGUUAAUUAAUGAAAAGCCAAAUCCAGAUAAACUAGAAAUUUUUGAAAAAUAUAAAAUGUAUUUAUCUCGUAUGCUGUCUGUAUUAUAUUAUGGCCGUAUUAGAGCCAAAAGAUGGCUUACUUAUUUAUAUGACAAAUUGUUAAAUAUAGCAGAUACAGAGACAAAUAAAAUGAUAAUGGAAAAAAAAUUUAUAAACAGAGAAUUUUGUUUUAAAAACAUCGAAGAUGCUUAUAAGAAGUGUGAAGAUAGUAAUUUUAUUCCAAAAAAUCCAAGACUACGAACUGAAGAUGAAUUUUACAGUUUUUAUAAAGUUUUUGACAUCAUCGAACAGUUGUAUAAUAAUGAAGAAAUGAACCGGGGCUAUAUUUAUGAAAAAAUGUUUAGUAUGGAAAAUAUAACGUUGUACUUUUUACAAGAUCAGUAUAAAAUAAUUUUUGGACAAAUGUCUGUUAGACAAUUUGAUUGGCAAGAAUUAAAGGUACCGUUGACAUUUACUGCACAUGAACGAAGUUGUGAUGAAAUACAUGAUGAAAUUGACAAAGUUGCUAUUGAAAUGAACAUUAGAGAUUUUGAAAGUUAUAUUACAGGAGUUAAGACAUUAUUAAAUCCUAUCGACAAUAGUUUGUUUUUUAUUAGAUUUUUAUACCAAGACUUAUUAUUUGAAUGUAAACAAGAAUUCUUCCCUUGUAUUUGUGAGUAUAGACCAUAAUUAUGGUUACAAUGAUAUAUUUUAAUAUAAUUUUUAAAUACAUUUUACAAAAUGCACGAUAUAAUUUUAUAUUAUGAAUUUAUUAAUUAUUUAUAUUUAAAAAUCCAAAAAGUGUGUUUCAAAUUUAUA